GGUUGGAAGAAAAUGUUAUAAAUAUCUAAGAUUACUGUUUACAUCAGCAUUGAUUGUUGUGUUCAUAGCAUUUACAACUGUAUCCAUUCUUAAAUAUGCUACUCGUACAAAGUCAUUCACAGAGAACUUUGCUGAUGAUUUUCUGAAGAAUAUAUCUCCACCUACAUUCUCAUUCUGUCCAUUCGAUCCUGUACAAUAUACAGCAUGGGGAAAUUUGUACAAUUCUGAUACGUAUGAAAAAGUGGCAAGGAAAAUUGAGGAUCUUGUGGUAAACAUCACUGAUUUAGAGGAACACUACCAUGUUGAAAGAUUGAACACAAUGAGAGGAAAAUGCUUGGCUCUAACCUCAAAAAUGAAGAUUUCCUUGGAAAAGUCAGCAAAGAAUAAAUUCCAUCCCAUCUUAUUUAAGAUUGAAAUUGAGGAGUUUGAUGUUACAAACCAUGUGUGGUGUACGGCAACCUACGCAGAAUGGGAUGAUUCAGCAACCACAACUUGCAAAGAGUGGGAAACUGAUAAAGCCUACUUCAAUUGUGUGAAAUCAAGUCUUCGAGGGACACUGCUUGAAAAUAACUCCAGGUGUAAUGUGCAUUUUGAAAAGUAUGUCAUGAAACAAAAUGAUAGUUUCAGAGAAUGUAACACUAUCGAGGAAGGAAUAAAAAGGAAGAUACUACUCGACCAAGCAAUUCUGAAAAUUUUUGACAAUGAUGAUGGAAAAUGUCUACCAAGAUGUAUUUCAAGAGGUUGGAGAUUGAAAUGCUCCCUAAGCAGAUUUCCACUGAAUGACACAUUUAUAACAUCUCUCUGUGGAAGACUCGAAGUUAACAGCCCAAAGAAAACAAUCGAGUAUUACCUGAUGACAGAGCUGAAUCUAAUCGGUGAAGUUGGAGGAAUGCUGGGUCUCCUGCUUGGCUGGUCAAUCUUAGGUUCCUGUCUGGAUUUUGUUUCCUGUAUGUACAUGAAAACAUUUAAAUAAAGGAUGAAAUACGAAAGAAAGAAAAAUUAGAAGACUAAAACUAAA